GCGGCCGUCACUGCAACGACAUACGCCACAAUAACAUUCCGGACCAGAGGCACGGCGCUUGCUUACAAUGAAACACAGGCGGAUGCUGGCAGUGGAACUCUAGCCUGUGGUGCCUGCCAUUUAGACCGAGAGAUGGGUAGAUGACGACCGAGAGCAAUGGAGUCGAGGGCCCGUUGAUACCAUGAAUGACAGGUAUCACAAGGCGGCCCGGGAUGGCUACCUGGACCUGCUGAAAGAGGCUACGCGGAAGGACUUGAACGCGCCGGAUGAAGAUGGCAUGACACCGACGUUAUGGGCCGCUUAUCAUGGCAACUUGGAGGCUCUGCGACUUAUCGUGGGCAGAGGAGGCAACCCUGAUAAGUGUGACAUAUGGGGGAACACACCUCUCCACCUGGCGGCCGCCAACGGCCACCACACCUGCCUGUCCUUCCUGGUGUCCUUCGGUGCCAACGUGUGGUGCCUGGACAACGACUACCACACGCCCCUGGACAUGGCCGCCACCAAGAGCCACAUGGACUGUGUCCGCUACCUGGACUCCAUCGCCGCCAAGCAGUCGGCCCUCAACCCCAAGCUGGUGGGGAAGCUGAAGGAGCGGGCUUUCCGCGAGGCUGAGAGGAGGAUUAAGGAGUGCGUGAAGCUGCAGCGGAAGCACCACAAGCGCAUGGAGCGCAAGUUCCACAAAGAGGCGGCGUCGGAGCAGUCCAUGUCAGACGCCAUGAGCUUCUCCAGCUACACAAGCAGCUCAGUGAGCCGCAAGCUGCACCACCUAAACACCACUGUCAGUGUGCCAUACUCUCAGGCUACUCUUCACGCCACAACCCGAGGCAAGACCAAGAUCCAGAAGAGGUUGGAGAAGAGGAAGCAAGGGGACGGGACCUUCAAGAUCUACGAGGACGGCAGGAAGAGCGUGCGCUCCCUCUCGGGCCUCCAGCUGGGCAACGAUGUCAUGUUCCUUAAACAGGGAACCUAUGUCGGCCCUCGGGACCGCGCAGGGCGCCGCGGCAACCUCCGAGACAUAUUCCACGGAGACGCCAACGACGACGCCAUCUCUCGUGCCAUCAGCGAGCCGGACUUGUCUUACCGGCCCGACAUGGAAUACUCUGAGGUCAGCACCGACUCGGGCCACGACUCUCUCUUCAACCGGCCCGGUCUGGGAACCAUGGUGUUCCGACGCAACUAUAUCAGUGGCGGCCUGUUCGGCAUCGGUGGGCGUGACGAGGGGAGCCUCAGCGGAGGAACUGAACGGGCAGGCAGCGCCAACGUGCGGCUGCGCAGCCGGCUGCGGCGUUCGCCCAGCCUGGACGAUGGGGGGGACAGCAUCGGCAGUGCCCGCAGCCUCCAGGAAAGGAACCGCCAGGAGCUUCCCUGGGACGAGGUGGAGCUGGGGCUGGAUGAUGACUGCGAGGCCGUGACCAGCCCGUUGGAGGUGUUCUUGGCUGCGCAGACCAUGGGCGAGUUCCUCACCGUCUUCAGGCGGGAGAAGAUUGACCUGGAGGCGCUGCUGCUGUGCUCGGACGAGGACCUCAAGAGCAUCCACAUCCCCCUGGGGCCCAGGAAGAAAAUUCUGGAUGCCUGCAAGAGACGUCUGGAGACCCUUGAGGACCCUGACUACAUCGAGGACACCCUGCUGUGAAUGGUGACUGACGCUUUUGGAUCUGAAGAUGCUCUGUAGGUACUGUAUACCUCUACUACUGUGAUGUUCACCUACAGAGUAAACCUACCCUACAGAGUAAACCUACCCUACAGUGUAAACCUACCCUACAGAGUAAACCUACCCUACAGAGUAAACCUACCCUACAGUGUAAACCUACCCUACAGAGUAAACCUACACUACAGAGUAAACCUAAGUGUGUAGUGUGGGGAUUUUUCACUGGGACAUGUUAGUAUUGUCGCUGCUCUCCCCUACACAUAGUUAUGAAGGUAGGCAUCUAGUUUUUUCUUUGGUUGAUGAUAAUAGUAACAAUCCGGCAUAGAAUUCAUUCCUGUCUCUCUGUAAAUAUUGCAUUGCCAUUCUUCUGGAGACCACUAGGUGGACACACUGUAUAGGUCAAGCAGAAUGCUCUUCCUACCUUAAAGGUAGGUCAGUGGAGCAUUAUGGCUCAGUCUUGUCAGGCUAAUGUCUCAUAGGGGUUUGUUGUAGUGUAUGCAAUAUUCAGAGACUUUACAGCUACAACAUAAAUAGUGGUUUGUUGUAGUGUAUGCAAUAUUCAGAGACACGCUUGUCUGAAUGUGCGAUUAUGUAAGGACAUUCAGAGAAAUGUUGUCAUUUCAUUCCCUGGGUCACCCUGUGACCUGUUAGGCAGAAAGGAGGACAUUGUCAAGAUAAACAUCUCAGUGAA